AUGACUGAAGAGAAAGGAAAUAAAAGACUUAGACUAAGAUACCACAUGUCUAUGUAUUAUUCAAGGUUCUUUGGAGUCACGGAACUUGUGGAUAGUCUCUAUGUAGUACUGGAAAUUUUUAUCAUGACUUACAGUCUGGAGUCCAACUCCCCAACAAUGGUCAGCUAUGAAUGUGAAGUCCAAGGAACUGUAGUUGCUCAGUCCCACAAGCCUAUUAGAUCCAACAGAUGUGCUGGAACCAACUGGUUGAUACAGAUUGUAUGUUUGAUUCAAUCCAAAGGAGAUCCUUCAUAUAUCCAAUCUCUGUCUAUAAGAGAACGUGCACCAUGGAUAGAAAUAAAAGAAUGGAGUAUAGAACUACAAAAUAAGAAGGACCCACGUCUCUUCUCCUCUCAUCUCCCUGUGCAACUCUUCCCCAAGUCUUUCUUCAGUUCCAAGGCUAAGGUGAUUUAUCUAAUCAGAAAUCCCAAAGAUUGUGUUGUGUCUGGUUAUCACUUCUGGAGUGCCACAGAUUUCAUUAAGAAACCCGAGUCAUUUGAAGGAUUCUUUAAGGAUUUUAUUCAAGGGAAUGUACCUUUUGGAUCAUGGUUUGAGCACACACGUGACUGGGUGGCCUUGAGAAACAGAGACAACAUCCUGCUGCUGACUUAUGAGGAGCUGAAAAAGGACACUAGAAGCAGCAUCAAGAAAAUCUGUGAAUUUCUAGGAGCUACAUUGGAACCAUGGGAACAUGAAUUAGUGCUCAAGUACAGCUCCUUCGAGGCCAUGAAAGAAAUCAAGCAGAAUAAGGAGAGGUUUCUAAGCUAUGAUAAGGCAUAUUCCAUAAUAAUGAGAAAAGGCAUCAUUGGGGACUGGAAGAGUCACUUCACAGUAGCACAGGCUGAAGAAUUUGACAAAAUAUUUCAGAAGAAGAUGAAAGAUGUUCCUCAGGAGCUGUUCCAAUGGGAGUAGUAUAAAAAACUAUCAUGAUCUUAUAGGGAUACUCCACAUGUUCUGUUGUGAUUGAACUUGUGUAUAGCUUAUAGUCAUGGAAUAAGCCCUACUGCUUUACUUCAGAUUCUUUCAUUAUCAACACUUGGACUGGUAAGAUGACUCAGUGGGUAAAAGGCACUUGUCUCCAACCAUAAGGAUCUGAGUUUCAUCCUGACAUCAAUAUAAUAGGAGAGACCCAACAUGGAAAAGUUGUCUUCUGGCUUAAUGGUACUGCCCACAAAAUAAAUAAAUUGAUGUAAUUUUAUUAAUAUUUCAAAAACAUAAAAUUAAAUCAUAUAAUUAUGAGUCAUAAUUGUUUCAAAAAUUUUAGACAAGAAAUA